AUGAGUUCAUCUAUCAUACCGCCUAGACUUAUUAAACGUCUAGAGAUCGGUACAAUUACAAAUGAAGAUCUUUAUGAGAUAUACAAACACAUAUCCUGUGAGAGGAAGAUCUAUAUAGAGACCCAUAAUUCAGAUUUAGCGCCUUUAUUGUUACAUUUAAGUAAAUUAAUCAAAGAUUUGAAGUAUAUAAAUAAAUGGAGGAAGAGAUUACGCCUAAUUAAACGGAUAUUUAAAUAUUUCCACAUCAAUGACUGUGAAACUUUCCCAUUUCCUCCCUGCAAUGAUGAGGAUUUCUGUAUUUCGAUCCCUUUCAAAUUUGGCCAGUCAGAAAGAGCCAAAGAAGAAUUUUUUAAGUAUAUUUCCUUGAAUAAUCAUGGUGGUGAUUUUAUGUGUUAUUUUUCCCAUACAAUAUCAAAUUUAUCCGAACAUGAUAUUGAAAGGGCUUUUCUUAUAUUAACUAAAAAUAUAAGAAGAAAUUAUAAAAAUUCACUCUGGAAUUUGUAUUAUUUUAUAAAAAAAGCGGGCCGCAAUUUAUCAAAAUAUUUUAAUGAAUUAAUAUACCUAUUAAGAGAUAUUUUAAGGCAAGACACCAAUUAUACUUGGGAAGAAUCCAAAUCAUAUCCUAAUUUUGAAAGCAAAAAUGGAUUAUUAUCUUUGACAUGUAUACAAAAAUUAAUAUCUAUUGUUGAUGAAAGUAACUUUACUAAAAUCGCAACUGACUUAAUACUCAACCUAUCAGGGACAAUAUGGGAUAAAUCGGCAGAUCAGAUAAUAAUUAAUCUUUUGUCAAGACGUUUGGAUAAAUGUGAUGCACUUGAAAUAUGUAAUUUCCACAAAAACGUCUAUCUUGCCUUAUCUACGUCUUCAUUUCUUUCAACACAUUCUGUUGAUCUUAUUGGCUCAAUAAUCAACAGCUGUCUUGUAAAGGGUAGGGAUUGCUUAGGCUGUAAGCAAUUAGUUGAACUUUUGUUAAACAAUAUGUUCAAUAAGGCUGAAAGCGGAACAAAGAACGUGAAAGUUGUUAAAAAGUCUAUGAACGCGGAACGGUUUGGAAAUAUUAAUAUUUCAUCAAUUUUUGCGAUAUCAACUAUUCCAAACGAAUAUAUAAAAAAGGAUGUCUAUGAAAAGAUCGAAUCAUAUAUCGAACAUAUAUCAUCUAAACCUGCACAUUAUACCAAUGAAGUUUUAUUAAUGGGAAAUAAUACAAUAUUAAGAGAUGAUUUUUUAUUUGAUGUAACAUUGUUGGAAAAGUUUAAUCCAAUAAAAUUAUUGUGUUCGUCUAUUUCAGAAUUUCCAUUUCCAUCAAAUUUAUGUGAAAAAAUUCUAGAGAUGCGUUUGGCUAUGAAUAUAUUAAAGUCGAUUGAUAAACCGGAAUAUUUGCCAUUUUGUAAAAAAUGGAGAAUUCCAUAUAGUCCAUCACAGAUUUUUACAAUUAUGGACAAUAUUUUAGAUGGAAAUGAUGAUGCUGAUACCAACAGUAAUAUAAGUAUUCCAAAUGGAUCAAAUGCCAAUAUUAAUUUUUAUGACACUUUUUUAUUUAAUGGAGAAUUAACGUCUAAGGGCCAAAGAGUUCUAUUUGAGGCUGAAAUAGCUUCGUUCAUAUCUUCAAUUAGGGAUCUAUUACCCCAAAUUGCAAGAUCAUUGACGUUAGAACUUCUAUGGGAAAAGGGUAAAUAUUUGAAUUCGGCUAAGGUGAAAUCAUUAUCUUCCAUCCAUUUUAUAGAUAAAAUUAUAAAUAAGGUUAUGGAGCUUUUUCCAGAUCCAAAUUUUGAUACUCUAUGCAGCAUAUUAACAAUAUUCAGCAAUCCUGUGAUAUCAAAUAAUAAAAAUAAUCUACCAACAUACAAUAUCAAUGAUUGCCAAAAAAAUCUCUCAUUAUCAUUAGAUAUUAAUGAAUCAUCUGAUCUUAUUACUAAAUAUUGUGAAUCUGAUCAUAAAUUGAAUAAUAUCCUUAUAAGAUUCAUAUUAUCCGUAGUACCUAUGAUUCACGGAAAUAACAUUUUAUCCUCUAUCAUUGGCCAUUGCUUCACAAUUAUUUCUCAUUUAUCUACUCUUACUGAUGACGAUAUCGCAUUAUUUUUGUCAGAUCAUACGGAUAUAUUUGUUGCAAGUGGCAUAUAUUUAGACAAAUCUGUUAUUGUUGGGGAGAAGAGGGAAAUUAUGCUAAGAGAACAGCAGAAAGUUAGAGAAUCGAUUGGAAAUUUAUUGCUGAAAGCUGAAAAAUAUUUUUUCGCAUUGGAGAAUGCCAUCUCAACCAACAUUACUGGAGACACAGUUGACGUUUUGCUCAAAUUGCUAAGGGAAUCACUAGUAAUACCUUUGACAAGAAAAUGCUCAACUUCUCUUUUGACAAUACUUACCAAGACAGUUAUAUUAGUUGAGGAUAAAGCUACUCCUCUACCCUCUACAGCAUGGAAUUGCAUUGUGAACGCUUAUUUGGAAAUACAUUCAACAUCUGGAAAUGGUGUUAUACCCAAGAGCAUUGAUAAGUUACUAAUCUCAAUUUCGAAUAAACGGAUUUCACGCCCCUUAGCAUCGUUGCUAUUGCCAAUUCCAUUGGAGAGAUUGAAGUUGAUCAAAUCUGAUCCUACCCAACAGAUUGAAAAUAGUUCAAGUGAGAUCACCUGCGCCUUGUCAGUACUAUCAUCGCAGUUAAGGCAACGUUUAGAUUUACCUGUAUCUAAGAUAUUAGGUACUUUAUGUCAAAUCAUAUCUGAAAUGGGUGACUUACCACCCAAUUCUACAAUGAUAGAGUGUAUAAUUGAAUUAGCCUUUUACCCAAUGGAUCAGGAGUGUAUUGAAAUUUUAUCUAAUUACAUUUUGUCACCUUCAUCUCAAUUGAGGUAUGCAUUAUCUCAAAUGAUUUCUAAAAGACGUGAUUUUUUGCCACAACUGUAUAAAUAUCUUAAAAUCCUAGUACACGACACUGGCCCUGCAUCAACACCCUCCAGAAACGUCACAAUAUUCUAUCGUCAAUCUAAAAAGGUAUCCCCACUAGAUCCAUCAGAUAUAUUGGAUAUAAACUACGAUCACUCGCUGAAAGAAGUUAUGCCUGGAAUGAUUGGAAAAACUUUAGCAAUGACAUAUUUUGAAGGAGAUUCCACGUUUUCAGAAUUGGUAUUGAUAAUAACGGCAAAAUAUAUUUCUUCACAGCCCAUAAAACGUAUAGCUAUCCUGUAUACUAUUACAUAUCUGUUAGAAAAUGGCAAGUAUGGGUCACCGAAUGAAAAGUAUAACCCCCUAGAUAUUGAGAUUAUUUUAAAGUUUCUCGUAACAGUUGUAUUACAGCAGGCUAAAAAUACUGCAAUAGAUGAGUUAAAUAUGGCUUUAAUUUCCAACUCUUGUAUUACUAAUAAUGCCUUAUGCGCAUUGGAAACUUUGGUUAUGUCUGAGAAGAUUGACAUACAAUCCCUAAACGAUAUGAUUGAAAGAUUGUCAAUAAUAACUCGUGAUUCCACUGGCAUUGCACCCAUGAUAAUUACAAGGUCAUGCAACUUAUUAAAGGCUAUGGUUUUGGCCAGGACUAAGUCUACCAAUAAGGCCACUUCACUAAUACAGUUGGUUAACGCAUUUUUGGAUGAAAGACACGAAAUAGAGGAUGUUUGGACAUUGUUUUUUAGUAAAACAUUUGCCUGUAUAUCUAAAUUCGAGAACAAACAAACAUUAAUGAGUCUUUUUAACCUUUGUUUUGAGAGGAUGAAUAAACUGGCUAGAGGAGAAAAGCUUGAAGCCAUCAUUCACAAAAGUACUAUAAUGGCCGCUUCUUUCAGUUUAUCAAUGGAUCCCGAAGAUCUGCCAUUGUCUCAAAUUAUAGACUAUAUUUACACUAACAAUAGGGAGGAGAGGUUGCGUUCACUGCUGUUUAUUAUUAAUUUGUGCAAGGUUAAUCAUUUCAUUGGAGGGGAAGAUAUUAUGUUGACGUUGUUUGAUUGUGACAUGAGGAGUCGUAUUGUGGAGGGAUUGUUUCCAUUGAUGCCUGAUUCAUACAUACCUGUUAAAAAUUCGGCAUUGGAGCUUAGUGGCAUAAUGGCAAAUUAUGACACGAAGCGCCUAUUUGAAACAAUAUCUAGCGCCGUUUUCAACCCAGAAUCUACAAGCAAAACACGCUUGGGCGCGAUAAGAUUUGCUGAUAUCUUUGGCAAGUCAAUUAAAAAUCUGAAUGAUCCCAACUUCAACAUAGACUUCUUAGUGGAAGCGUGCCUCGAUUCCAAUUGCGAAGUUAGAUCUGCAGCCAUUACCUGCUUGAAAAAUCUGGUCGACAAUUUGGAAUUACGCUCCUUUCCCAUGGUUGAAUUUAAGAAUGCAAUAAUUUUCCCCACUGAUAACAAUUUGCAGAAAUUUUUGGAGGAAAUACAAUUGAUCCACAAUGUGCAAUUUUCACUAAUUGAACCCAUACUAAAAAGGUCGCUAAGGUCGCGCACCCGCAAGGUUAGGAUUUUAACAUUACAUUAUCUCAAGUCAAGUAAAUUAUCAUCGAUAUAUUCUCUUCCCUUUCACCCGCUUUUGGAUUUAGAUGAGGAGGAGGUUGAUUUGAUCUGCCAAGUUAUGGGCCAAAUAAGAGAGCAGAUUAGAUCAUCACAUUAUGAUAUAAUAAAAUUGUACAUGGAAUCUACUAUAGCUAAGAGUUCUACUUUCGAGAGAUUUUGCUACUCAAAAAUACUAUCUCACAUUUCGGACUAUAACGAUCUUAGGGAGUGGUCUCACAAUAUAUUAACGACAAACUCACCAUAUUACAAAAUUCACGGAAUCCUAAUGCUAUUUACAAACUUAAAUCCACGUGUAUUCUCAAACGAUCUGCACAAUUUACUUGAAAUAACAGCUGGACUGUUUAAUCAUGAAAAUGAUGCCGUUAGAGAUGCGGCGUUUGGUCUGUUUGAGAAGUUAAUAUUUGCACUUCCAGACCUAACUAAGUUGUUUAUCAACACUAUAACUACUCUCUUUGACAGUUUAACCCUAAAAACGGCGUCAUCACGGGACCUAGCCCUGAUGUUAAUACCAAUCAUAUUAAAGAUAGAUAAUGAAAAUCCAGCCAAUAGGACGGAAGACUACAGCAACGAUAAGGAUAUACUCUAUGUAAAUGCUUACCUAAUGAAAUUUGAUGUCUCUCCGACUGUGAGGGAAACCGCUGAACAUAUUUGGCGCCGUAUUGCCCCUAACACUAAACGUGUACUUAAGAAUAUUUUACCCAGGCUCUUGAAUACUCUAGCUCGAUUGAACUCUUGUAAUGUGGUGAAUUUGUGCAUCGAAUCUAUUGUCGCGAUGGAUGGAGAUGUGAACUUUGGAGGUGAUACUCUAAUUGGUAAAAUGCUUGACCAUUUACUUGAAAAUAAGUACAUAUACCUGCUAAAGACCACCAUUAGCAUGUCAAACAAGAGUUCACUUGAGGGACAUAUGAACCAGAUUUGCCAAGUUCUAAAGGAUAGCUGUUCCAGCAAGGAUUCUGCUGUGUCAAUGGAGGCACUGGGAUUGCUAUCCAAAUGGGUACAAACCGUUAUGGACGAUUCCUUAAUUGAUUUAUUUGAUGCGGCAUUGCAGGAUUCAAGUUCUCCCAGUUUUAAAACGAUCAAAAAUUUGUCAUUAGAUCACAUGAAACUUUUAAAUGCAUGGAAGCUCGUAAAAACCAAAGCUAUUGCAUCACAUGGUGGAUUUUGGGAAGUUGCGGAUUUAGUGUUGUCUAAAUGCCCACAAAACCUACCAGAAUUGUAUAAUACUUUCUUUGAGAUUAUUGGUUUGUAUAAUACUAACACCAGCGGUUUGAUCCAUAUCCCGAUUGCUAGGAUAUUUUGGAAUUUUGGUAUUAGGGGACCCGAAUUUAUAUUUGAGAAGCACAAUGAAUUACCCCCUAUCAUAUACAAAUCACUGGUUAAUUCACUGAUUGAAAGUGCACCAUCUAAGACGCUUGUUAUUGAACUGGCCCCGGCAAUCAUUUCAACUGCAAUUUCCGAUACCAACAUCAUGCAGUCAUUGUUCAAAUCAACCGAUUUACCGCAGCAUCAAGGGAUCUUGAUCAUCUUGAUCGCACAAUCACUAGUACAGGAAAUAGCUGAAAAUAACAGCUUAACUAGUACAUCGCAAUUUCUGGUACCGACGAUCAUAUCAUAUCUCACGCACUUAACAACGUCAAAUCCCACGUCUCUUGGAUUGGCCUUCAAUUCACAAGUAGCAUACAGCAUCUCAUCUAUAUUUAAGAAUAUGGAGUGCAAAUAUAUACAACCCUCAGCCCUCAGGUUGUGUGGAUUGAUCAUUCGUGCUGCUGGUGAUUGGUCCCACUUGUUGUAUAAGGCAUCUCUAUUAUCUUCACUAUACCAUCUAAUAAAUCUGAUUAAAAAUGAGCCUAAUGUUUCCAUGACAUUGAGACCAAUAAUACCGCAACUUCUAGGUCUAUCGAUCAAGUCUUUGGGCUCUUACACGUGCAAUGAGAGGCCAGAGUUACCGUUCAACCCAUCCUAUCCCACCUUUACCGUGGCUAGCGAUCCUUGCGGCACAUUUCCAGUUCCUUCAUUUUUACCCCUCUCUGGUCAACAAUAUACUCCAACUCCCUCACCCAUUACAUUUGUUAGAUAUUCUUCAUUGGCCCUAUUUCAGUUAGCAAUCCCUUGUAACUUGGACAGAUUUGAUUUGGCGUUCAACGAGCUACUCAAGAUAGUAUCACCAGGUUGCUCAUCUCAUUCACUCAUAGCCUUGGAGUACUUGAUAACACUAAGGCAUUCUGAAGAGCAUAUUUCCAAGUUUAAGCGCCUCUACGACAAAAACAUGGAUGAUAGGUUAAAUCCUUUUUACAAUCGGGUUAUCGCAGCGCACAUAAAAGCAUCAAAUAACUCAGAUGCAGUGGGAAGGUUGAUUAAGGAUGUCUUCGAAAAUUGUCCAUCCUUAGAAUCGGGGAUGACCCUUUCUCAAUUAGAUCCAUCGCUGCUAGUGGUACAUAAGGAUAAAUUCUUCGCUAUUUAUAAAUUGUAUGCCACGUAUCAAGGUGGACAGUCAAAUACAGUUUAUCAUUGCAAAACAAUCGCAAUUAAUAUGUUUGAGCGGGCCAUUGAUCCUUGUUUUGGGAAAAUUGCGGUAAAAUUGCUACAAAUUGAGGCUGAUUAUGGAGAACAAACACUGUCAUUCCUACAGACAAUUGAAAAAUUGAUAUUAACUGCAAGGAAAUCGGUUCUGGAAGACGAUCAGGCGCUUGUAACUUUGUUGAAAUUAUUGUACAAGUGUAUUUUUGGGGGUAUGGCGAUAAAGCUGCAAUCUGAGAAGAUUCUGUUCGCAUUGAUGAAUUCUAAACCCUUAACUUAUUACUUGCCAAAUUACAAUACUAACAAGCAUUUUGCCCCAAUAAAAGACGUUAUUUCCAAACUGGACAACUAUAUAGCCCACAAUUGCGGCCUUAACAAGCACUAA